AUGUCCGCCUUCGCCUUCUUACUAUUCUGCCUUCAAGCUUGCUUGGUUCAGAAUGUAUACAGCCGGUGGUGUGGCUCACCAGCUCUAGCUCCUGCCGCCCUUGCUGAACCCUUCGGAUGUGGCUACGGCAUGGGUCUCGGUGCCCCUGGCGCUUACGCUCCGGGCGCCUUCGGUCUGGGUGCCCUUGGUUUAGGCCCCUAUGCUGGCGCCUAUGGAGGUGAGGGUAUCGGUGAUGUAGCCAUCAUAGGUGAGAUGCCAGUUGGUGGUACCACUGUCAUUGGUGGACAAGUGCCCAUCCUCGGCGCUGUGGAGUUCGGAGGCAUUGUGCCAGCCGCUGGAGCAGUCACUAUCGCUGGUAGCUGCGGCUGUGGAGCUAACAGAUCUUACUAUUGC